CAGAUCUUCUGUCUUCACGGAGGACUUUCUCCUUCCAUUGACACUCUUGACCAUAUCAGAGCCCUUGAUCGCCUCCAGGAAGUUCCCCAUGAGGUAGGUUAGAGAAAACUUAAGUCACAUGUGAAAUGGAAGCCUAGAGAGUUGGUUGUCUCAUAAAUGAUUUAUUCUUAUAGUGCAGGGCUGUCACUGAGUUUUCAUGUUGGCAGGUAAUACAUCAAGUUGGCAGGGAAUUAUUGUGCCCAGUGAUUUAAACUCAUCACACAGUCUUAUGAUACAAAGUGAUAUCAUUCUGCAAUGAUGAGGGCACUUUGGAUGCAGGGUUGUCAGAAAGUUUUGAAGUAGACAGCUGAGUUACUAAUUUAAAUGGCCAGUGCUGCAGGGGCUGCCCAGGGCCGAAGGUGCAAGCCUGCAGACUUUAAGCAGACAGUAGUGAAAAGUUCUGCCAUAUUUCAUGUCUUCCAGUCCAGUACUUUGAAAGAAACUUCAUUUUCCUAAGUGCAAAUAAUACUCUCAUACUCAAAAAUACCUAUAUUAUUGAGAGUUAACAAAGAAAAAUAGCUCGGUAUGCCGAUUUUCUUCUCUUUUUUUGAUCCUCUUUGAUAUCCGCCAUAUUGUUUUGUAUUUCUGCUGCUCAAUACUGUUGCAGCACUCUUAAAACGAAAUUUUGCCUUAACCCAUUACCCUAGGGUGGGUUUUGUUUCUCUGUUGCUAGGCUGUUGAAUUUCCGAUAAGUGUGGGCGUGAGAAGUGUCAUGUAUCAUUCUAACAUACAUGUAGUGCAGCCAAAAAAAGAAGCGCGAGAUGUGUAAAGUCUGUAAAGCUGUGAGAGAAAAUCCAAGCGGUGGAAAGUGGGAAAAAAGGAGCUGAAAAACGAGAGAAAGGUUUGGGAGUAGACAAACAUUCAUGCUACUGGCAAAAUGAGAAGAUGAGGAAUAUGAACGUGGUAGCAAAACAAUAUUGCAGUUCUCGAAUCCUGGUGGGCACAUGUUUGAAGUAAAGUGUCGAUUGAAAGGCUUACAACUCAACUCAUAAGCUCAUUAUGGUGUGAAACGUGACCUUAGGGUUAGCUUUUUAACAUCAGAAGUUUCCCUUUUUUUUCUUACGUUUGCUUCUAUAUACAGUGCAAACUCUGACUAAGCAAAUCUUACUUUUGCCGCUCUUGUUGCUUCAAAGGUCAUGAACCUUGUCUGUCUCAUGUUUCCUGUGGUUUGUUUCUGACAGGAUUUGAUCUCAGAUGGAGUUUUAUAGUACUGCUACUCUUUGACCUCUCUUAAAGCCUGAAGCUUUUUAUUGCGGCUAAAUAAUCUUUCUAUAAAAAAUUUAAUUUCAUAGGUUUUCUCUGAAGUACAUGGAUCUGAAAAGCCACAAGCGUAAAGCUCUUUAGCCUGUGAUCUCCUGCUAUGUUUUGAUGCUGUCAGUCCUAAACACGAGCGUCAAAUUUCUCUCCUGUGGCCUCCCACAAUCACCUUCCUUAGAAACGGAAAAAUUUAUCUUUUAUUUCUGGUAAAUCAGGCAACUUUUUAGGUGUUUUUUUCUUUGAUGCUGAGGUAAAUUGGAAAAAUAAAAAUAGAUAUGCUUAUUACAUGACCUAAUCUUACUGUUGGUGGAUUUUGAGGGCGAAAAAAAAGGUUGAAAAUUUGCCAGUGCAGAUACCUUAACCCACAUUUCCACCAAAAUCAAUGACGGUAAGAGGCAAUGCGUUAUCUUCAGUGCUAAAGGGAAGAAAUUAAGUGUUGAAGAAUACAUCAGUGAUGUGAAACCUGAAGUGGGGAAAAAAUCUAACGAAAGCCGCAAUUUUCAGGCAAAAUGGCUGAAAGAACACAUGUGGUUGAGAUACGAAAACCAAGCCAUAUUAAAUGUCAUUUUGGCAUAAGAAGAGUUAUUUGAUUCCACGUUUUUUUCUGGUUUGCCCCCUUCCAAAGCCCUUGAAGGGACAAAUUGUCUGCAAAGGCCCUAGAGCUGCCUUAAACCCUGAUGUUUUUAACUAUAAUGCAAUAUUUUAAAGGGUGAACUACAUUGUGUGUUUCUGACUUCCUUGUCAUGAUGAUAAGGACUGGUUGUUCAAAGCUCUGUUAAAAAGACAACCAGAUUAGAAUUUAACCUCAAGUUAAUGUUAAUUGGCCUUUGAACAACUGGGCUAAGUUUGGUAAAAAAUUAAUAUGGAACCUUGUAAUGAAUGAUUUACUGCUUAUGGAGUGGAAACAAUAUCUCCUUUGUACUUACAGGGACCCAUGUGUGAUCUACUGUGGAGUGAUCCAGAUGACAGGGGUGGCUGGGGGAUCUCUCCCCGCGGUGCUGGUUACACUUUUGGUCAAGAUAUAUCUGAAACAUUUAAUCACACUAAUGGUCUUACUCUUAUUGCCAGAGCUCAUCAGCUUGUUAUGGAGGUUAGUAGACAUGUAGAUAAGUGACUUUUCCAAAAAAAUGACCUUAUAUACUUACAAGUUUCUAAUGUUGUACAAGUGGUUAUAAGGAAAAGAGUUUGCAGGUUAUUCCUUCUCUAAACUCAGAUUUUGUAUGCGUACAAGUGUAUUUUAGAUGCACUGUGACAGAGGAGACUGAUUUCUAAUAAAGCCUCAAAUGUUAGGCUAGUUUUUGGUUAUAGUUAUGAUUUCAUUUUGGCAUUCAUAAAACUUUUUGUCUAAUUUUUUUUUUUUCAGGGCUAUAAUUGGUGUCAUGAUAGGAAUGUAGUUACAAUAUUUAGUGCACCAAACUACUGCUACAGAUGUGGAAAUCAAGCCGCCAUCAUGGAGUUAGAUGAUGCUCUUAAAUAUUCCUUGUAA